CCGCUGUCUUAAUCCAGUCGGAACGUCCGUCGCCUGACCACAUUGGACUUUAAACAAGAGGAAAAACUCGCGCGAUACUAUUUAUACUUUAGAAGAAAAAAAAACAAUGAAAGCAAUAAGCCCCGUUCGGUCUUUCCGGAAAAAUACCGCCGCCUUGUCGGAACACUCGCUGGGUCUCUCGCGGAGCAAGACCCCGGUGGACGACCCGCUGAGCCUGCUCUACAACAUGAACGACUGCUACUCCAAGCUGAAGGAGCUAGUGCCCAGCAUCCCGCAGAAUAAGAACGUGAGCAAGAUGGAAAUCUUGCAGCACGUCAUCGAUUACAUCCUGGACCUGCAAAUCGCGCUCGACUCCAACGUCGCGCUCGGGACGACUCUGCAUCACCCCGCGCGGCCGGGCCAGGGGGCUCCUCCUCCGGCUGCAUCAUCCAGGACCCCGCUGACCACCCUCAACACGGACAUCAGCAUCCUCUCGCUACAGUCUCCCGAGUUGCCAUCCGAGCUGACGACAGAUGACAGCCGGACUCUGCAUCGCUAAAGGCGGUGAGUAGUCUGCUCACGCAUGCCGGCCAAGUGUUUGGUCAAGACAAGUUUAAAAAAAAAAAUCUCACAGGACCUGGGGAAAAAUUACAAAAAAAUCCAUCCAACAAUCUUUGUCCUCUUCCAGGCCUGCAGGAUUAUUUUCCUCCCUCCAUCAUGAGAGACUUUGUACUUACUAUGGGACAAUCUUUACGAUGUGAUGUGCUUUUUUUGCAUUAUUAUUAUUUAACUUAAGAUUUUUUUUUUUUUGUAAUAUUAUUUGUAAGUCCUUUCUGGAAAUGGAAGGCGUGUUAUAUUCCCAGUUAUGGGAGGAAACAUGAGAUAUUGUCAUGAGGAUGAUUAUUAUUAUUUCCCCCCGUUCCUCGUCCUAUUCGCCCUUUGUUGAAAUCUUCGCUUUUUUUGCGGAGGUGAGAACUUGGUUAUUUACUGUACAAAAAAAAUGACAAAAGUUUAGUCUUGUCUUGUCAGGAUUGUUGGCACAUGAAGGACUGGACGUUGUUUAAAGAAAACUGAGAAAAAAAGAAUGACACCUUGUGAACUCUUCUCUGGAGUUUAUCUUGUAUAGUUGCAGGCGUUUCUGCAAAAAAAAAAAGUCUAAUGUUGUACUUAUGCUGAAACUUUUUAUAAAAGUAAUGUAAAUUGUACCUUUUUUAUACAAAAAUAAAUCAGAAAAGCAAAUUA